AUUGCUGCUGUGGCUAGAUAGAGAACUGCGUGCCACAGGUUCCUGCUGAUAAACCAGCAAUUUGGUACUUUUCGCACUGUGCAUCCUGCCUAAGACCCUCCCAGAUCAUUUAAAAAGCCAGCCUGCACCGUGGGAAACACGUCUUUUCACGGGAACACUGCCAAAGGCAAAAGGUUUUGAAUACUUUGCCAAGUACUGAUGCCAACUAGCGAUACAAGACUUCAGAAGAGAUUUUGAAGAUUUAACCGCGAUCGGAGACUGCAAUGGGGGGUAACGUCAUAUGGUCAACCAAUGCCGAUAUGCUCACGGAGACGACUGAAUAUAUGUCUACUGAAGAUAAUGGAUCGGAUUACGCAUCGGGAAGAAAUGGAAUGUCAUGUGAUUUUGAUGCAGAGGAGCUCAGCAAGACACUUCUGCCAAUCAUCUAUUCAAUUGUUUUCAUCCUGGCUUUCAUAGGCAAUGCAUUAGUUAUACUGAUAUUAGUCAAGUUCAAGAGACACAAAGAAGUGACCAAUUUUUACCUUUUAAAUCUAUCCAUUGCCGAUCUAAUCUUUGCAGCGACAAUGCCGUUCUGGGCUCAUGAAUCGGCCAAUGGCACGUGGAUUUUCGGUAACAUCAUGUGCAAACUCGUCACUGCUUGUUACAGUGUUAAUUUUUACAGCGGGAUUUUCCUCCUGGUGUGCAUGAGCAUUGACCGUUUUAAUGCCGUGGUCCUUGCCACAAAGUUCAACAAAAUAAGGAGGCUGCAGAAUGUGAAAUAUAUAUGUGCAUUUGUGUGGGCAUUUGCAUCCUCCCUGAGCAUUUUUGAUAUUGUUUUAUGUAAAGCCCAAACCUUUGACGAUGGUAUUACAAUAACUUGCGGACACAACAUUGAGAGCAAAAUUCUUGACUGGAAAUUGGGACUGGCAAUUGUUCAAAACAUCUUUGGUUUCUUGAUACCAUUUAUAAUCAUGCUCUCUUGCUAUUCCAGCAUAACAAUCACCCUCAUGCACACGAAAAACUACAAAAAGUUAAAAGCAUUUUACGUAAUUCUGGCAGUGGUGUUGGCUUUCUUCUUCUGCUGGCUGCCCUUUAAUGUCAUCAUGUUUCUAGAGGCGUACCUGGGAUACAAUGAUGCAAUGACAUGCAAGGCUCAAACAAGCUUAAUGUAUGCCAAGCAAGCUGCAGAGGGCAUUGCCUUCAGCCACUGCUGUCUGAACCCAUUUCUCUAUGCAUUCAUAGGCAGCAAGUUCAAAAAUGAUUUCAUGCGGCUGCUCAGUGAAGUCAGAUUGAUCAGUCAGAAGCAGCGAAGACGAACCAGGCAGCCCAGUUUUACACGGUCAUCGCAAGCUUCUGAUGCCGAGAGCAACACAUCUGUUACCAAUAUCAAAUACGGAGCAUAGUAAUAACGUAGCUGACAGGAUGUAAUGCACGGGUCGGUUUGGAUCACGUCAGCCAAUCGGAUCGUGCAUCGACACUUCAAUGUAUUGUACCGGGUUGUGACCCACCCAAGAUUGUGACCCACCCAAGAUUGGGUCACAACCCGAUUGGCCAAUUAGGCUGCGGGACCCUUAAAAGUAGCUCUUAACCGCCACUGUUGUUGUGAUGCUUUUAGGCAUCCUCUUGAAUUACAAAAUCCUGAAUUGAAUUGUCAAAUCCGGGGGUUAAUUUAGUUUAGUUUUAUAUGACAUUGUAUUCUUUGUUUGGUACGAAAUGCAUAUUACAUUUAUCGGUCAAAGUUAAUAAUUUGGGAGAAUGGUGGCACGGCGUUUAGCGCAUUCCGCUUAAACCCUGCGACCUCGGUUGAUUAGCUGGCACAGGCCAACGUAAGCGGUGAUUGACGAGGGGCUCAAAAUUGAAGAUUACCGUUAAUGAUAUUUACAAUUGUAAAAAUGCUCUUUUGACUGAUAAAUGUAAUCACAUUCACCACUUUGUAAUUCAACAAAGCGGAAGGGUAGGGGGGGGGGGCUCACCCUCAACACCACAACAGUGCUCACCAUUGGGGGCUCGUGUUAACGUAUCAUCGUACGUACUACUGGGAAUGGAUGUUCUUGCAAAGUGAUCAGUUGGGAGAAAACAGAUAUGUAAUCAAAUAGCUCAGGAUUGGACUAAGGUGGUGAUCGGUCCCUAUACAACUGGGUCCUAUGAGAGAUGAAGCAUGCACCUCUAAUAUUUUAUCAUUCAAUACACUUUUCUGAAUGUUAUUAUCGGAAACAUUAUUUCGAUGUUCAGUAGGUGAAUGCAAUUUAGCGCACUUAAAUAUUUUUUCACUGUAACUUUCAUACAUGUGCAGAUAAAGGUAAUACGUCCUCACCGAUCCAUAAUUCCACAUAGAAUAAUUUUGUUUUAAAAGACAAACUGUGAUUAACCGUGGAAUUAAGUCUUACACAAUUCCCUCGACGUCAUUCAUAAACAUACCUUACAGGGGUUUAAAGUUAUAUCCAUAUAAAUUGAUUGCAUUUUCACGAUGUUUUAUUGUUUGACGUUGUGUAAAAGGCGUUCGGCUCUACAUUUGAAGGCGGCGAGAUCAAAUCGUUGAUUGGGGAUUCGGUGGUUCUGGAAAUCAUGCCAUAUAAAAGAGCACCAGUGGAAUCAUGGGUUCAAAUAGAGUCAUCCAUGAUUACAUUUGAAUUUCAAAGUAUAAUAAAUUGAUAGAAUAGAGUUUAAAUUCUUGGUUCUUUCGGUAAAAUCACGUAGAGGGGAAACAAUAAAAUAAUAAAAAUAUGUGACUUUGCCGAAAGAACCAAGAAUUAGAAUCCCUGCAGUCACGAAAGCUUUAAAUAAAAAAAUAGAAGAGCGUUUGAUUAGUUAUGUGAUGAACCGUCUUUGUAGGGGAAAUAAAAGGUGUUCCCCUAGUAUGUUUAAGGAAGGCAAAGUUAAAGAACGUCAGAAGUUUUGUGACGACACCUUCUGCAACUGUGAAGACGUUUUGAAUAUAAAUAACAUCUCUAAACACGAUGCAAACAAACUGGAAAGUACAGUUAAGCGCGAUAAAAAUAUAAAAAAUAUUAGCCUGGUGAACAAUGAUUAGACAAAACACCCCAUCAUGUUACAUUCGGUUUGGCACUUCAAUGGGCUAACUACCAGCUCAGAGAACUAAAAAUAUAGGCUUGACUGUCAGGUGAUUAACCGUUACCUCUCUGCAAUAGGAUGGGUGGGAAAGUGCUGCCCCCCCAGUGUUUGAAGGGAUCUCGGAAAUGGUUCUGUGACAUCCGCUUGCAUGGACUGCUCUCUCGCACAAGGUGAUAACGCUGUGCUCAGUGAAUUCAGACUGGAUAUUUUUUUUUUUAUUUCAUGACAUUAUACUGACAGCGCAAAUUUUACAAAGUUGUAGACAAAGACGAAAUUAAUUGAAAUAAUUAAAAUCCCAGUCAAGGGUCAUUAAAUAAGUACCACUAGAUGGCAGUCAACAGUGGUAAUCAUAUGCAUAGCCUUGGCCUCAUCAUAGCACUAUGGAAUUUUCGCUAGUGGUUUAGCUCUAUAAAUAAGAUGGACACCACCCACCUUUGAGUGGGAUUUUUUUUUAAGUUCACUGCAAUUUAUAAGUAUUAUACAAUGUAUUAUGAAAAUCGUGUAUGGUAUGGCUUUAGAAAUGUAAUUUGCUGAGCUGUUAUGUACCUUAAUGUAAUAAAGUGUUGAAGAGUGUUGUCUUUUAUAAGAGGCACAAUAAGUGUGAGUUAAGUUGACCAUAUCUGAAAGCUAUUUAAACGUAUAUUAUUUAAAUAACAGAGAAAGGUUUAUAAAAAUAUAUAAUGGUGGUCUUUGAACGUUUAUCUAUGUGCGCCACCUACAGUUAAGGCAUGACAUUUCAUACUUGUUAGCCUAUUUUACAAGAGCUAAUUUUUAAAUAUACUAGCACCAAGAUGAAUCGUUUUUACAUGGAGACAUUAAACUCGCUUGUAUAGCGAAGUAGUGUUCGUGUGCAUUUUUAAAUGACUGCACGUCAAAAAGUAUUACAUCUCAAAUAGAGCAUUGGAAUAUGCGGGCACAAAGCGGAAUUUGGCAUUUGCACCGAAUUUUGGACUCCAACAGCUUUAAAAGGGCCCUAUUGGCUAUCUCCACGGCAGUGGUUCUUAACCUUUACAGCAGCCUUGCGGCCCCUUGGGUUCUCAAGCGUUAAAAAGUGUAUGUUAAUACAUCGGAUUGAUGAAACACAGUAGUUGUACAUGCGCGCUUAAUUUGUUUCGAUGAUCUCCCCCUUCUUAAAAACACCUGGCACCCCCAGAAAGGGGCAUCCCGCACCCCCUGGGGUUGCAUGCACCCCAGGUUAAGAACCACUGAUCCAUGGCCAACCAAACCCUCCCAACUUCAACGCUGCUCCCACGCUUGCGUAAUAGGAUUGACAGAAUGUUGUGCACAUAGUACAUGCUGCUUCUUUUACACUUUUAUUAUAUUACUCGUACUUUACACAAGAUAUAUCAUGCGUUUGCUGUGUGGUGUUGCAUUAAAAGUUAAGAAGAAA